UCUCUAUUCUAACUAGACUACUAGAGGCUAGACCUAGUAGUAAUAGUACUAGAAUCAGGAAUCCUCGGUACAGUCUUCACAAGAUGAUAGCGUUUGUCAUGUACUAUAUGCUGGAAAACAAGUUUCUCAAAAAAAAAAUUAUUGAAAAUGAAAGAAAUGGCGCAACUCAGACUAAUCGGCAUAUGACUACAAACACUUGAUCCAGAUAAGAUAAGUAACUGAUUUGAAAAGAAAUCAUUUGUCUACGGAACAUCUUCAAUUUUGACUUUAAAAGGACUUCUGGCAAGUGCAAAUGUGAUGUCAGGUAGAUUAGCACCAGGAAAUGUUCUUUCACAAAAAUUAUAAUUUCAUUCGUUUUUCAGGUUCAAUGUCAUUUUCCUCAUAGAGAGGAGGUAAUAUUGGCAUAUGUAAACUUGUUUGCCAAUCUGAAGUUUCAUUUGGAAGGAUCAGAUUUAUUUUCCAGAAAAAUUGAGGCAUGUUGCAUUUGAUCCUUGCAGUGACAUUUUUCAUUUCGUCUUGUAAUUUUUGUGGCAGUGUCUUCAUUACUUGUUUUUGUCAAUGAGCCACACAGUGAGUUCUGGUGACUUUUGGUGACUCAUUCUUUACCAAACGUUGAAAUCCAGACCAUCACACUAGCAAACUUGGAGCACCAUCUGUGCAGAUAGCACUAAUAUUUUUCAAAGUGAUUUUAUACUUUUCCAAAAAUUAACCAAUUUUUUGUUAUACAUUUCAAAAGUUUUUAAGAGACAAUCAACUUUAAAAUCCUUGUCGACAAAGUUCAGAUGUUUGCUAUCUAAAUAAUGUUACAGUUAAAUGAGCUUUAUAUGUUCGGCUUAUAGAACCUUGCUACAAAUGACGCACUGGUUUUUUUUAGUUCCUGCUUAAACUUUUGAAGUAAAACCAAACCUUAAAGAAAUUGAAAUUAUAUUUUAUUUUGUUUACGUUCUUUUGAAUGAGAUCCAUUUUCAUGGUUUGUCUCAUAAUAAAAUAUAUAUUUUUUAUUGAAUGGUCUAUUAAACAAUGACUAAUUAUUGGUUAUAAAUGAAAUAGCUUUUCAAAUUACGUCAGAACAUCACCACAGAAAUAAUAGGUAUGAUUCCAAAGGACUUAACUUUGCGUUAUGAAUUCAAUACAUUUAUUAAUUUUAACUGUUAUAAAUAUUUAUACUGUGAAAAUGAAAAUGUUUUAAAUCAUACUGAUUCAGAUGUCGAUCCUUGAAUUACAAUAACAAAAUUGUAACUUCCAAUAAAAAAAACUUUGUAAAAUGUCAAGUUUUACACGUUAAAGUAGACAAAAAAAUCCAUAUUUCCCAUGGACACAUCGACCCCUGGCAAAUCGUCAUUUGACCCUCAAGGGGGUCGCGACCCACAGGUUGAGAACCCCUGAUCUAUAUAGAGUCUAGAUGUAGAAUAUUUUAUAGAUCUAGGCACCAUAGCAUGGCAUAGCCCAUGCUGUCAUCGUAAUAAAUAUAUAGAUCUAUUAUAUAGAGUCCAGUGUAUAGUCAUAGAAUGGAAUUCAAUAUGGGCACCAUACAAAACAGAAAGGAUAUAUUGUCAUCUGUGCUCUUGUUUUUGGACAAAAGGAGUGAAUUUGAAAACAUUAGAAAACAAAUAAAAGAAAAUCUAUUAAAAGAUCAACUUGUUUACAGUUUCCACAUAGAUAUUGAUCUUGGAUAUUUAUUUGAAUAUGAUGUAUCAUUAGGCAAUAGAAUACUAAAAUAUCCCUUAGAAAGCUCAAGUCUGUUUCAGGAGAUUAUAUUUCACUUUUGCCAAAGUCACGACCUGCUUCCUCCAAAAACAACAUUAGCUCAAGUGUAUGCUCAUCUUAAAAUAGUGCAUUUUCCAUCCUGUGGAUUUGAUAUUGGUAGUUUAUCAGACCUCAUAAAGUAUAUAAAUUAUCCAGGUUUUGUUAAAGUUGUUGGUGUUGUGAUUGGUAUCUCAGGAUUAGUCAAAUAUACGCAAAGUACAAAGUAUAUAUGUCCUCUAACUGAAUGUCCAGGUCAUGAUGGAAAUCAUUACAUCAGAAUGCAUGUAUCAGGUGCUUUGGAGACUCACAUUGUCAGAAAUGAUUUCAGGUGUGGGUUUUGUGGUGAAAUUUUGGAGGAAGCUAUCUCAUUUCGUAACUUAUCAGAUAAAAUGGUGAUAGAAAUUGUACCUGUGAAGAUUGUCAACUCUGGCCAAAAGAUCAUCCUAAGUAAUGAACGUCUUCAGGCCAUCAAUGUUAUCUUAAGAGAUGAGCAAGUGAAUUCAAUAGAGCUAGGACAGGGGUGUACAGUAGUUGGGACAUGUCGUGUUGACAGGAAUGCAGAAGACGUUGUGAUCAGUUUAGAGGCCAACAAUAUAAUGAAGUUUAAACCAAGUUUCUUGGUCUCUUUGUCCACAUCUUCCAGAAUUAUUCAAAAGCUGCAUGAUGUGUGCAGUAGAUCACCUUGGCUUUGGCCAUUUUUCUUAGCUCACAUAUUUGGAGCCAGAAUUGUACCAGGAGGCUAUAUGAUCAAAUUAAGGCUUUUACUUUUAAUUAGCCUUGUACUAGACCCUGAGGUCAACUACUUACACAUUUUGAGUAUUGGAAAAGAGAGCAGUCUAUACUUUUCUUUAGUUCAGUUUGCACAGAAAUUUGCCCAGCGUUUCUUCCCUGUGUCUGUAGCAUCUCCACUCUCUGGGAAAGUGAUGAAAGAUAAAUACACAUGGGCACCUUAUUUUUUACAAGGUGGCUCAUUAUUUAUGUCCUGUGGGGGAGUUUGCUCUUUAGGCAAUGUGAGUGAAUGGAAAAAGGCCAAGAAAGAGCAACUACAAACAGUUUUGUCUACAAGUAAAAUAUUUGUGGAUCUAUCCUCUAAGCAUACUGGUGGAUUAUAUCAACAACUUUCUUUUCCACUCAAGUGCCAUGUUUGGGGAUUGAAUGAACCUUCAGUUAAAGACAAGUUAUCUACACAUUCUACAGAUGUACUGAAUGGACAGUACAGUACUGGAGAUUUAUCCAAGAGCUUUAUGGAUGCAUUUAGCUACAUCUGUUUUUUAGAUUGUGGAGAUCUUGGAACAGAAGAGGAGACAGCAAGGGAUGUAGCUCAACAUAUAAUAUCAUCUCAUGUAGUGGAUAAUGAUUCUGAUCUAUUUGACAUACCCUUUGAAGAAAUAGACUAUUUUAUUUCUUUGGCCAGACAAACUGACAGUAAACUAACUCCUGCAGCUGAAGAAGUUGUACAAAGCUACUACAAAACCAGCAGGAUGACCAGGAGCUCUGGGUUGACUGGAUCACAUGUGCCUCCUUCAGCCAUGCAGACUUUGAUUUCUCUUGCUGUUGGUCUAGCCAAGCUUAGAUUGUCUACAUCAGUCAGCCAUGAUGAUACUGUUUUGGCCAUAUAUCUUUAUGAAGAAUACCUUUCCUCCAGAUUUGGUCAGUCAUGUCUCGGUUGUCCACCUCGACAUAAUGUUCCAUGGAGUAGAUUGGAAGAACUUUUAGGAGAACAGAAUCACUGGUUGAUGCAGACUUUUGCUGAACAACUGAUGAGAUUUUGUUCUACUAUGAUGAGCAGUCAAAUAAUUCAUAAAGAAGAAUAACUUGACCACAGAUGAUAGACUGUGAAUCUUUAAAUGUUCUAUGUUUUGAAACAUAAACCAUUUUUUUUCUUUCUAAAAUUAAUGUUCCCUGUUAGAUCUGUGUUAAUACUUUAAAUAGUCUUUUACAGUUUGCCUUGAUGUAGGAAUUAAAUAGAAUAAUUCAUAUUUCUACAAGUUACUUUAAAUACUUCACAUGCUUGCAGAGAAAUGCUUUUAUUCAACAGCAUGUGAAACUCCUAGAUCAGUUACUUAUGUCUCCUUACAGAAUUGGUGAUAUUAAAAUGAUGUAUGAUGUAUCAUUGUUGCAAUUUAUUUUUACAUAAGUUUUUUUUUUUAAUUCAACAUAAAUCUAAUUAAAAACAUUUUAUUCUUCUUAUGUAUUUUAGUGAGGCUAUAGCUAAACAAAAUAUCUUGUAAAUAUGAAACAAACAAUUUAGGCAUUACUAAUUUAAUACAUUUUUUUCAAGUGUACCAGAAAUUGAUAAAAUGGCUGAAAAGCUUAAAAUAAUAUUGUAGAUAUGAAAUAAAGAGGUCAGUGCCGUUCCCUAAAUAUUAUCAGUUUUAAUGCAAAUUAAGUUCCUUUUUCAGACCUUGCAAUCUAUGGGGCAGAUGAUGUAAAGGUCAUUUCUGUGAACCACAGUUAAUGAAGGUGUCAUGUGGCCAGCACAACGACCAACCUCCUUUAAAAUUGCCCCAACUAAUGUCAGGUGCUCAGGGUGGACUUAGAAGCACCCUCAUAAAGAUCCCAUAAUUAAAAAACCCAGUCUUCACACGGGACACCAAGCAGGGCCGGUCCCAGCAAUUGCGGGGCCUUAUGCAAAACUGAUUGCACAGGGCCUAGUCUGGGUGGGAAUAAGGAUAAUAAGUGAAAAUUAAGAUUUUGUUUUAGAAAAUAAAUUCGGCUUUGCAUUUUGUUCAUGUGAUCAAGUUAACUUUAUUUUACAAAUCUUGCAACCUAUGGCAUAUUUAUAUGCCAGUGACUAUAAAAGUAACUAAGGUAUUGGAAAGUGGAAAAUUCCUCUGAUUAUCACAUUUUAUUACACAAAAGCUCACAAUGCCUUUUGUUAUCGAGCGUAGGAUUGGUGUUUUCCGUAAUAAAUGACACACACAAAUGACAAUUUUGUCUAUUUUUUAUGAGAUUUUUAUGAGUGUUCAGGAGAUUUUAAUAAGCGCAGGACAUUUCCAGGAAUUUUUCAUAUAUAUUUAUCAAUUAAUAAUUACAAAUAGAAUUAGCGCGGGGCCCACUGCAAUGACUCAGUUAAUUUCAUCACUUCGUAUACAUAUAUAUUCUCCCUAAGACCGGCCCUGACACCAAGCUGCUGCGCUACUUUAUAUUUUGGUGCCACAUGCAAAUUGUAAUAUCCUUGCAUUUAUAGAGCCUAAUGGAACCAACUUGAUUUAUCAUGAUUUAUCAUACAUUUGUUAAAAACAUGAAUAUGUAAACAAAAUUAAUUAAUUCCUACAUUUCUAUGUUUAAGUAAAAUUGGAUUGUAUCAUAAUUUUUUAAAAAUUGGCUAGUAUGAGGAUUCAACAACACUAAUAAUAGGAAUUGAAAAACAAAACUUUUUGCUGAAAUCCCACAGACCCCAGGGAUGUAGUCACAACCUAUAUAUCUUGUUCAUCAUACCUUCAAAAUUAUGUUAGCACUCACAAAUAGAUAUUUAUGAACAACAAUUUUCUUCAAGGUUUGCACAGUCAGGAUUUAAUAAAACAUACAUUUACAUCAACAAGUACAUAGGAAUUGAAUGAUUUAAUAACAUAACAUUUGAAAACAUGAAGUAAAAUACAAGGUGUUGCAUGAGUUUUAAAGUAGACAUGACACUACCAGGCCCAAGAAAGUAAUGAAUACUUUAGUCUUUAGAACAAACAUAUGUUAGGUACACAUAUUUAUUUUUUUGUUCUAGUACUAAAUUAUGUUUUUAAAUUGCCAUUUUGCAAAUGGCUUUAAUUAUUAAAUUCUAUCAAUAAACCUUCAUAAAAUGGCAUUCUCUAACUAAAGAAAUUUUAUAAACAAUUUAUAAAAUAAAUUACUUUUAUUGCAAAGCUUAAAUAAUUCCCCAACACAACAGACAUAGAAUCUCUCAAUAUUGUAUAACAUUUAUGUAAAUGGUACACUAAACUUAUGUACAAGUCUGUCAACAUAGCAUGUAUAUA